UAAUUUUUUCAAGCUGGAGAACGCCUUUGUGAAUGUGUACAUACAAAGUAACACAUAUAUUCUAAUGUUGCUCUGAACAUCAACAUGAUAUCGACUGUUCAAAAACAUUUGAUUUGUCUUUUUAUUUGGGCCUCUUUAAUGUUUUCUGCUCAUGCAUUUAUAGAAGGAUUGUAUUGCGGCACAGAAAAUUGUUAUGAGGUACUUAAUGUUGCCAGAGAUGCGACAAAGGGGGAAAUCACCAAAGCUUACAGAAAGCUGGCCAAAAAAUGGCAUCCUGAUAUGCACAGAAAACAGGAUGACAAAGAUUCGGCAUCAGAAAUGUUUCUGAAAAUAGCCAAUGCUUAUGAGAUAUUACGUGAUGAAGAGCAACGCAAUGAUUAUGAUUACAUGUUAGAUAAUCCAGAUGAAUAUUACUCCAUUUACUAUCGCUACUACAAGAGGCGUGUGACUCCCAAAGUUGAUGUUCGUUUAGUUAUAGCAGUGUCUAUCACAGUCAUUUCUAUAGUGCAGUAUUUCAGCCAUUGGAAUAAUUACACCACAGCUAUAAAUUAUUUGUGCAAAGAUCAGAAAUAUCGUAUUCGUGCUAUGGACAUUGCUCGAUCUGAAGGCUUAUUAAACAACAAAAAGAAAAAUAAAACUAAAACAAAGGAAGAAUUGAAGGAAGAAGAAGAAGCAACAGUUAGAAAAAUAAUUGAAGAAAAAAUGGAUAUAAGGGGAGGUUACCAGAAGCCCAAAGUGACAGAUGUGCUGUGGAUUCAGCUUGUAUUGCUCCCCUACCAUAUAGCCAUGUACAUUGUCUGGUGGGUGCGAUGGGUCUGGAAAUUCAACGUACAACAUGAAGAGUAUGGAAAGGAGGAGCAGCUUUAUCUAAUUAGGAAAAAUUUAGGCAUUAGUCAGAGUCAGUUCGACAUGAUAGAAGAACAUGAAAUAGAUGAUUAUCUUCAUAAAAAAUUAUGGAUUAAAGAUUUAUUUAAGGAUUGGAAAGCUAAGAAAGAAGAGGAAACAAAAUCUAAACUAGCAGAGAGUGCACGGUACAAGAUGUACAGGAGAUACGUGAAGAAGGGAGGUGCUGGACAGAUGAGCUUUGGUCCAGAAUGAAGCUUCUAUAAUUUAGGCUUGGCCUUUCUCAUUCACUUUGCUCAGUGUGUAUGUCCUGUGUUGUGAACUAGGUCAGGGUAUGGUGGCGGGGGUGAUAAAUAUUCCGCUGAAUAACUUUCAUUAUCUCAUUGAGUUGAAUUAUAUAAUAAUGUCACAGUAUACAGUAAGAUGGCAUCUAAAUACAAAUUGAUCUGCUGGACUUCACCACUGAGAUCUGCGUAUUAUGUAUAAUCUUAGGACACAAAAACCUGAAGAUUUUGUUGAGAUUUUUAUUUCAUUUUAUUUUCUCUUUUAGCACACUGCCAAAUCCUUUUUUUUUUUUUUUGUAACAUUAAAUGUUGAGACAUUAUUGAAUUGGAGACAAACCACAAAAAAUUUGUGACAACAAAAAUGAAAUGUUUUCAGUUAUGACAAUGCUAAAUUCUUAUCCAGUGUGUGAGGCUUUUUUUCUUUUUAAGCUUUAUCUACAUUUUGUAUUUGGCAUGCUGAAACUUUUUUUUUAAUAGUUAUCUUUAGUGCUUCACUUACCUUCAACCUGAAAUGAGUAAGUUCUGUCAGCAAAUUGUUGAAACACAACUCCUUAUAACUCUAGUCCUUGAUAGCAUUAUUUGUGUUAUAACAAAGGAGAACGAUAAACUAUGUUUCACUUACAUCAAGGAUCUCUUCAUGCUGAUAUUUAUAACAGUUUACAAUCAGUUAAUUAGUUGUUAGUCACAGAUAUUAAUUGUUCUAUAAUUUCAAUAAUGUUUUAUUAAUGUUGUCCCUAUAAACAGAAUCGUGUCAUAAGGAUAGUUAUAUAUUUAUUUUUUAAAUAGUAACAUACCAUAUUUUCGCGCAUAUUACCCGUGGGUUAUACACGUUUUUACAAACGAAUGGCAGCUGAGUCUGGUAUACAAAGGUGCAGGGUAUAAAAAAUUUAUUUUGCUCAUAAACAUAGCGAAACUAUGGCCAUACCGAUGGGUCUUUAUUCCUAUAGUUUGCUGUGUGUUUGUGAAAUGCACAUUGGAAAGUUUUAUGAACAUCUCAUUAUAAACCUCAAGAAAACAAAAAGUACCAAUGGAACAGAAAAUCUUUAAUUUAAUAUACCAGUACUCAAUUGUUACAUGUAAGUAAGCAACUAAACUAAUUUGUCAAUACUGGUAGUGUCGAAAUGUGUAGACUACAAUGCAUGUAAUUAUAUUCGCAAUCAAUCAUCAGUCUCACUAAUGUCACUGUCUUCACUACAGUUAGAGAAGCCUUUUCAAAACUUGUGUCAUAUUCACUGUCUUCUUCCAAUAAGUGAAGCAUGUUGGCAGCAGCAGUAUGGUCAUAAAUCAACUCUUCACAUGCAGGGGUACAUAAGGGUGUGGUUUGUACAAUUUUGUUUUUACUAAUUUUGCAAUUUGUUUGGGGUGUAUGCGUGAAAAUAUGGUAGUUAUUUUAAAUAUUGCAAGGAAUAAUACCAUCACAAGUUGACAAUGGAAAUAUGUUGUGCUGUUACUUUUGGCUUGUUUUGUUUUUUAAGUGAUAGGGUUUAUGCUUAAUAAUCAGACUUUCAUGAAUCUAUCUAUCUUAUAGAAAGUGUAAUGACACUGAUGUCUAGCAAGAUCAUUCUGUUUAACUCAUCUAAACAUUUAUGUACAUUGCUACAGUUAAAUAAAUAUGCAUGCCCUAGAUCAUUUUAUUGUUUUGACCUCUGUGAGUGUCAAGUUCAUUGAUUGUAGGUGUCACAUCCAUUGAAACUAGAACUGAACAAUGGCACUUAAUAUUUGUAUUCAAUUUUCACCAUUAUAUUAUUUUAUAUUGGAUCCAUUGAGCUGGCAUUCAUUUCAAAAAGACAUCAGUAUUUCUUAAUUUGAGGAUUUCAUUUCUUUGUCCAUUUCUUUUGGCUCUCAUUUGCUCUUAGUUUUCAAAGGUAUUCAAUUUCCUGGCAUGACAGUCAUUCUGUUCCAAUACUAGAGUCAAAGAAUUCUAUUUUAAAAUGGCCAAUAAAUAUUGUUGGGAAAUAGCAUCACUGACAUGGAGAUCAGUCAGAGAGAAAUUCAUUAUUUGCCACUUUCCAAAAUCUUUGUAGUUAUCAAAGCAGAAAGAAAUGCUGCCUAUUGUAUUGUUUUGUUAUUUUUCAAAUUCAAAUAUUUUAUGAUUGUGUCUCUAUAAUACUCUCUGUAUUAAGUAACUUGUAAAUAUUUGCUAAGAUAACAAAUUUAAUUUGUCCUUUGUUAUAGAAACAAAGCUUAUAUUUAUGUCAAUAUAUCAAAACCAUUUGACAUUUGAUUAACAUGCAUGGCUAGAUUGAGACAUGAAAUGCGUAAGAUGUAAUUUCUUUUUUUGAAGUAACGUCUGUAGCAAGAUAAGAUGAGACCAAAACUAAAGUAAAGUGUACUGUAGUAAGAUAAGAUGAGACCAAAACUAAAGUAAAGUGUAACAGGAUUUUACAAAUGCAACAAACGAUUGUGUCUGGCCUCUUGUUGAAGUAGUCCUUCCUCAGUUGUAGUUCAUCUCAGGUUUACAAGCAAUAUCAUAGCUUUUGAAAUCAAUUAGCUUAGCUUUGCUGACUCAUGGUUCAAAACAUAUCAGCUUCAUUUCUCAUCUUUCCUUAGAGAAUGUCCACCCUGUUCCACUGUGUGUUAUCUUUGUUCUUGACUGCUAAGCUAUCACCUGAGUUGACACAUUAUUUAUUAACCUCUGAUUAUGUGAAACAUUCAACCUGCUGAUGUUUGUUUAAUCAUCUGACAGAUUAGCCUUUAUACAAAUAAAAUUAUGUAAAGACACAUUAAUGGCAAGAUUGUUGAAAAUUAUUUAUGUUUAGUUUGAACAAAAAAAUCUGGCCUACUUGUUGUUUAUGGCAGAAUUCAACAAAAUAAGCAGUACUGAUCUUGUUUUUUAAAAAGUUUAAAACAAAAUUCAAACUGAGAAACUCUCAUUAUGAUUGUGAUAAAAACUGAUGCAAAACUAGUGUUCAUGUAGUUGUAUGCUGUAUUGAUUUUUUGUUUUUCCUUCACUGGUUUAAGAUUUGUCUUUUGUGACCUCAGCCAAUGAAAUAAAUCACUACUUAACAAGCCAA